CCAGCUUCAAGUGUCAACCUCAUGGUGGACAACUCCGUUUGAUCGUGUCCUAAGUUUCCCUAAGUCGAUCUAUCCAAUAUCCACGGUCACAACCCGAAAUGGCAGGACGCGGACGUGUGCCCACCGGAUGGGCCGAAGAGACCGUUAUCAGCGAUGCGUCAUUCCGCCUCGCCCACCAGUCGGUGAUAUCAUCCACCAACAAAAAGCGCAAGAGAGAAGAAGCCGGCGCGCCGAAACCUCGCCGAAGUCCAUGGGACAAAUUCGAAGAUGAGAGAACUCCGGAAGCAUCCUCGGACGAGGAAGGCGUGGAGGUGAUCUACGAGGAGGAUGAGAUUGAGGAACAACCGACGGCACCGGCCACCAAAGCUGGGACGGCAUAUGAAGAGACGGGAGAUGGACAUGAAACCACAGCUUUCUAUGGCGAAUCAAUACACGACUAUCAAGGGCGAAGUUUUCUUCAUAUACCCUCCGAGCUGCGUGGCGAAGUCGCGCAUACGCAGAAUUACGUGCCGAAGAAGCUCGUACAUACAUGGAAAGACCACACGAAAGCCAUCUCCCAGCUUCGAUUCUUCCCGGAGUCCGGUCACCUUCUUCUCUCUGCUAGCGCGGAUAGCACCGUCAAAUUGUACGAUGUCCAGAGCCGUGAGCUCCUCCGCGGUUACAUGGGCCACAGCAAAUCCGUGAACGACAUCUGCUUCAACAAUGACGGCACCCGCUUCCUCACCUCCUCCUACGACCGCCAGAUGAAACUCUGGGACACCGAAACCGGCGCCUGCCUCUCCCGCUUCUCCACCGGGAAGACCGCCCACGUCCUCCGCUUCAACCCCGACCCGUCCCUGAACCACGAGUUCCUGGCCGGUAUGUCGGACAAGAAGAUCGUGCAGUUCGACACGCGCACGGGUGCGCAGGUGCAGGAAUACGACCAUCAUCUCGGUCCCGUCAACACCAUCACCUUCUGCGAUGAGAACCGCCGGUUCAUGACCACGUCGGACGACAAGUCGUUGCGCGCGUGGGAGUACGGUAUCCCCGUCCCGAUCAAGCUGGUGUCCGACCCGAGCAUGUUCAGCAUGGUGCGGUCGUCGCCGCAUCCGUCGAAGCCAUUCGUGGCGUAUCAGUCCGCGGAUAACCAGGUGCUGAUUUACGGGUCGUCGGAUCGGUUUCGGCAGAAUCGGAAGAAGUCGUUUCGGGGGCAUAAUACGGCGGGAUACGCGAUUGAUGUGGCGAUCAGUCCGAUGGGGAAUAUCGUGUCGUCGGGAGACUCCGGUGGGUAUGUUUGCUUCUGGGAUUGGAAGACGACGAAGAUGUGGCAUAAGAUCCAGGCGAGUGAUGCGGCGGUGUUGGCGUGUCAGUGGCAUCCAAGGGAGAAGAGCAAGUUGGUGACGGGGGAUCUGAACGGUGUGAUCAAGUAUUGGGAUUGAGUGUCCCCGGUUCUUACCGGGGAACUCAAGCCACCGCUUUAUAAACCGUCAUCCAGGCAGAGGCCACGUGCAUUUCAGGAAACGGUGCAUUUUAAAAGCCAGGUUUACAGACUCUCCCAUAAAUUCAACCCCUUCCCCUCGUUUCAUGUCAUGCUCAACUGAAAUAUAAAUCGAGGUUUUCCCCAGCCUAUGCGAUGCACCACCCCACGGACUGCACGAUUCCCGAUAGAUACGAUGCCGGUUUCGCUCCAAUGAAAUCGCUCAAGACGAGAAGUCUCUACUUGCUCUGAUGUCUGGUCGUAUAGAAUGUCAAGGGGUGUCGACACGGGCUCCGAAAUCACGGCCACCUCGAGCUUCACUCGGAACGAGGGGCCGUCUUUUGUAGUUUCUAGGCGGCAGAGGAUAG